CACAGUUCAACCUAAUCGAGAGCUGAGGUUUCACCAUCUUGAUCAACGAUGUCUAUGAGAAUUGUGGUGCUGUUGGCGAUUGUGGGCGUGUCCCUCGCCGACCAGAGCUCUCACGUGACAUUUAGCUUGGGAGGAGCUCCAGCGGUCAACCAUCACAGCUCCUCCCACCAUCAUGCAGCCCCAUCCUAUCAUCCACGCCCUUCGUAUCACCCCCAGCCUUCUUAUCACCCCCAACCAUCCUACCAUCCGCAACCCAAGUACAAGAAACACGAACCGGAAGUCCCCGCUUGCGCAGACAACACCACGAAGCCCUGGUGCCUCGAGGAUCCCGAGUACCCAACCUACGAGAUCAAACAUGCUGCCGAGUACCACUACGAGAAGGUCCUCUCCCUCUAUGCAGACGUAGCCGACCUCAACACCGAGCUCUCGGUUGAGCGUCCCGAUACCCUGGAGGAGGAGACUUACCUCUGCCCCUCCGAGACCGCCUACGUCAGGCCCCUCCGCGCCCAGAACACAGAGGGCAAAUGGCGGGUCAUUGUCAACAACAUCGACGUCCACUACGAGACUCUAACGCAGACGACUCGUAUCGAAGAGUGCUUGACCGGAGGCGACGCCUGCCCUCUGGUGCCCGAGUGCUACGACUCUAAGUGCCUGCAGAAGUCCAUCUACCACCGCUUCCUAGUCUACGACCCCUACGACCAGUACUUCCCCUUCGCCAUCGAGACCUUCAAGCUGCCCGCAAGCUGCGCCUGCCUCUUGGGCGCCUACACCAUCGACCACUAAAGCCAGCGCAUCACAAAUCUCCAGCUCAGCAAAGUAACUUUCCAGGAACAUUCUUGUGAUUCUUAGUUUUUUUAUUUCAAUUCUAAGAGCAUAAGCGGGGUGUCCUUGCAGUAAUCCGUUCUUGCAAGGCCCAUUUGGUCCCUGGCAUGACGAUUAUUUAUUACGUGAAGAAAGCAGUUCUCUAGUCAUUAUCUGUGAUCACUAGAAAAUUACCAGACAAGAAAAAAAAUAUUUAUGAAAAACUCCUAAGUGUAACUUCAGCUCUCGCAUUCGACAUGGUACUAAUAAAUAUUAAUUUUUA